AUGUCAAACAAACGUUCGUCUGGUCCCCCGGACCCGGGCCAGCCGGACCGGGAGCGAGGUGAUAGAUCAAAACCCUACGGCACGCAGGUUUUCGACUCCAAGACCAUGAAAUAUGGCUCCCAGCUGGGUCGCCCCACGGGUGAGGCUGCGCCUGGUGCCUCUAGUCGAGAUGAUGGAAGGAGAGGACAGAUGCCCGCUUCUAAUACCCUCGGCCGCAAUGCCCCUGGCGAUGCCCAAGACCAAGCCACCGUAGGAGGUCUUCCCCUGACUCAGCCUUCCACGGGAAGGAAGCGGCAAGGCAGCAUGGGAGGCCGACGCAGCAGCCUGGAAAAUGAACGCGGAGGUAAUGCAAACACUGGAAAAGGUACUCAGGGAAGUGGUCGGCGAAGCAGUAUCGACAGCAGCGAGCAGGAAAAAUCAAAGCAGCAGGAAGACGGCCAAGAAGGCGGCGAUUUGACACAAGAGCCGGACAGGGAACAAGCUAUCCAGAAGCAGAGGUCGAGGGUAAUGCUACUGAGCGCUAAGGGAGACUGGCCAGCCCUAGACCACGCCCUCAAGAUGCUCGAGAAACUGGCACCAGAACCAGUAAUAGGAGAGCCUAAAGCUCCUUACUUGCCUUUAAAGGACCUUGCAGAGGAGUUGCGUCCACGACAUUUUACACCUACAUGUGUGGGAACAGCGGCGUCCAGGACGUCUUACCCCAGUAAAUGUGAGAACAACAACGGCGUUCAGAACAUACUCCGUCCGUCCACACGGACAGCGGCCCGAGCUAAGACAUCCGGCUACACGCCUCUGAUGUACGCAGCCAGAGAGAACAAGCCGGCUUUCGUGGAUCGACUGAUCGACCUCGGCUGUAACCCUAAUGAUAAAAAUAAGGAAGGGUACGCCGCCGUGCAUCUGGCUGCACUCUACAGCAGAGAAGAAACCAUCCGGCACCUCGUGCAGAAGAAGGCUGACAUCAACGCUACGGGCGGGCCCCGGGAGCAGACAGCAGCACACUUGGUGGCCAAUCGGAGUACUGGAGCAGCAGUGGCUCUCAUAAAGACUGUUCUGAUGCACGCUAAACAGGACCUCAGACUCGUUAAGGACAGUCGCGGCGACAUUCCACUCUUCCUGGCGGUGGAGGCAAGCCACCAAGGGCUGGUACGGGAGCUGGUCUUCCACCACGGCUCCGACCAAGUGAAGGCAGUCCGUGGGAACACCCGAGACACAGCCCUACAUAUAGCCUGCAGGAAGAAGGACACAGAUAUGGUGAGGAUCCUGGUCGAGGCGGGAUCCAACACCGAUGCUCAGAAUGCAGCCGGACAGACUCCUCUACACAUCGCUGCAGAGGAAGGAGACGAAACCACCGUCAAGUUCUUCUAUACCGUCCACGCCAACCCCAACAUCAUGGACAAGUUCGACCGCACGCCCAUCCACGUAGCGGCUGAGAACGGCUUUACGCCCGUCGUCGACCUGCUGGCGGAGAAAUACAAGGCCUCCGUAAUGGACCGUACUAAGGACGGCUCAACUCUAGUACACAUAGCCAGCCUGCACGGACACCCAGACACUGUUAUGGCCUUCCUCAGAAAAGGUGUGCCGCUACAUAUGCCAAACAGAAGCGGCGCCAGGUGCAUACAUACAGCAGCCCAGCGAGGUCAUGUGGGUGUGGUCAACGCAAUCCUUCACAAGGGUGAACACGUCGACGUAACUACCAACGAUGGCUAUUCAGCCCUGCACAUAGCUGUCAAUGCUGGGAAACCUGCAAUGGUUGAAGCUCUUCUGGGCCACGGUGCCGACCUUACCAUGCAAGGUGGUUCUGGCAGGGAGUCUGCUCUUCAUCUGGCUGCCAAGGUCAAAGAUGGGGAGAAGUGUGCAGAGAUGCUCCUCAAGUCCGGCGCCGACGCUAACCUUCCCAAAGACGACGGUCAGACGCCGCUCCAUCUUGCUGCCUACCACGGCAACCUGAAGACUCUCCAGCUGCUUCUUGAGGACGAUAGUGCCAAGCCUUUCCUUCAGUCUAAGACUGGAGAGACACCGUUGCAUUUAGCUUGCUCGUCUUGUAGAGUUGAGGCCGCUAAGAUGUUGAUCGAUCACGUCCUCAAGAAGAGUGGCAAGGACGCCGUCGCUAAAAUGGUCAAUUCUAAAGUAAGUCUCAGAGAUUGUGAGUGUACCACUAAUAACCUGGGAGAGACGGCGCUGCACUACGCUGGCCGAGUCAACAAGAAGAACGCUACGUACAAGGCCGGUGAAGACCGGGAAAUGGCCAACCUCCUGCUCACCAACGGCGCUCAUCUCAUGGUCGCUACCAGCAAGACGUCUGAGACGCCGAUCCACUACGUGGCUACGUCGGGGAACGAGGCUGUCCUGGACGAGAUGCUUCAGUUCGCUGCCCAGGAUAAGGUUCAGAAGCUAGUGAACAUGCAGUCAUCCAAAGGUUGGUCGCCGCUGUUGAACGCUGCCGAGAACGGUCACGAAGGGAUCGUCUCUACGUUGCUCGACCACCACGCCAGAGUGGACGUGUUCGACAGCGAAGGCAAGGCCGCUCUUCACCUGGCCGCUGAACGCGGCUACAAGUUGGUGUGCGACGCUCUGUUGACACAUAAGGCUUUCGUCAACGCUCGAAGUAUGUCCGGCUUGACGGCGCUUCACCUAGCAGCCAUGAAGGGGUGCAACGAUCUAGUGCGAGCCCUCAUUACCAGACACCACGCCCAGAAGGAAGCCCUCACCCUGACGAAACAGACGCCGCUGCACCUGGCAGCAGAGGAGAACCAGCUAGAAGUGUGCGACACACUGCUGCAGCUCGGGGCCGACUACAACGCUACUACUGACGCAGGGCAGAAGGCCGUUCACGUUGCCGCUAUGCGCAACAACUCUGAAGUAGUGAAACUCUUCCUCAAGACCUCACCAGAGUUGGUCACUACAGCAGAUAAGGAUGGUAACACGUGCGCCCACAUCGCAGCGCUGCAGGGGUCUGUCGACGUGGUGAGAGAACUUAUGCGACACAACAGAGGCGUUGUCAUCAACGGCAAGAACCGUGUCGGGGAGUCUACUACCUUACACCUGGCUGCUGAGGGAGGUCACGCCAACCUUGUCAAGUUCCUCAUCGAAAACGGCGCCUCGCCUAAGGCCGAGAACGGAGUAGGGUUCACUGCUGUUCAUCUGGCAGCCAGGUAUGGCCACAUCCAGGUGCUGGACACACUAAGAGAAGUCACCAGCCUGAGGAUCACCAGCAAGAAGCUGGGUCUCUACGCUCUUCACGUCGCUGCCCACUACGGCCAGACAGAGAUCGUACGGGAGCUUCUCUCACACAUCCCUGCUACCAUCAAGUCUGAGCCACCCAUCCUGAGCGGUGGGCGACCCUUUUUGCCGGACCUGGGGGCAGAGGCCGACCUCACGCCCCUCCACUUGGCCGCCCAUGAAGGCAACGAGGGCGUGGUCAGGAUCCUCUUCAACAUCCCUGGGGUGCAGCCUGACGUCACCUCUAGACUCAAUGGCUACAUCCCACUCCACUUAGCGUGUAUAGGUGGCCAUACCUCAGUUGUCGGUCUCCUCCUCUCUAAGUCCACGAAGCAGGUCGCCAAAAUGGACAAGCGUGGCAGGACUGGCCUUCAUCUAGCUGCCAUGCACGGUCACUAUCACCUGGUGGCCCUCCUCAUGGGCCAAGGGGCCGAGCUAGGGUCCAAGGAUCGAGACGGUUUGACGCCCCUCCACUACUGCGCUCGUGCAGGCCACCUGGAAGUAGUAAAACUACUAGUAGAGGCAGGUGCGUCUCCCGAAGACAAGUCGGUGGAAGGGAAGACACCGAUCACCUUUGCUGUGGCCAGUGAGCACGUCGAUGUUUACAACUACCUCAUCAACAAGAAACACGACUCCUAUAAACUACUGGAAGAUAAAAAGUACGUGCACGACCUGACGCUCAUGAGCAAGAAACACAAUCACUCGCCCUUGGAGGAAUUCAUCUUACUCUCGCCGGCGCCCGUAGACCUGGCCACCAAACUCGCCCACACACUCCUCAUCCUCUCAGAUAAGGAGAAGGAGAGCAGCCGAGACCUGCUAGAAGCAUCACUCUUCAGCGAGGCGCUAGCCACGGAGCUGGUGGCCAUCUCUGCUGCCAGUUCCUCCCCAGGGCUGCUCCUCAGGGCCGUGGAUAACAGGAACGUGGUCCUUCUCGACUCCCUCAUCGAGCACGAGCAGAAAGAGGUGAUCGCACACCCGGCCGUGCAGAGAUACCUUUAUGACGUGUGGAUGGGAAGUCUCGACUGGCCAGCCUGGAAGAUGGUAGUUAUGUUCUUCGCCUUCCUGUUUCUUCCUCCCGUCUGGAUCUUUUUCAGCAUGCCACUGGGGCACAUGUACAAUGAGGUGCCAAUCGUCAAGUUCAUCGCCUACCUGGUGUCACAUCUGUACCUGCUGGCACUAAUGAUCCUCACCGUGGUGAUCCCACUCAGCCCCAUCUGGGAGAACACCAGCCUCAUGCCUAACUGGUACGAGUGGUUGUUGCUAUUGUGGCUUAGUGGUAACCUGGUGAUGGAACUCACUAACCCAGGGGAUAUAGCCGGCUUGGGCUGGAUCAAGGUGUUCGUGCUGGUGUUUAGCGGGCUGGGUAUCUUGGUCCACCUGGUCGGGUUCUUCUACCUGGGUAACACCGAACUGCUGCAGGAGAUGCUCUACAUCAGAAACAACUUCCUGGCCAUAGCAUUGUUGCUAGCGUCCGUGCAGUUGCUCGACUUCCUUUCCUUUCACCACCUCUUCGGGCCCUGGGCUGUGAUCAUCGGGAAACUGAUGGUGGACCUCGGGAGGUUCCUCGUUAUCCUGGCCAUCUUCGUCUUCGGCUUCUCCAUGUACGUGGCAGCCAUCUACAACCCACUGAAGCCCAUCUACAGUGAUUUCAACACAACCAGUGACAAAACCGGCUACCCACCUGCUGAGGCACCAAUUCAGACUCCACUUCAGACUGGAGAAAUGCUCUUCUUCUCCCUCUUCGGUCUGGUCGAGCCUGACUACAUGCCUCCCUUCUACAGUCACCCUGCCUGGAGCCAGUCACUCAUGAAGAUCGUUUUCGGGAUCUACCAGAUGGUGACGGUGGUGGUGCUGAUCAACCUGCUGAUUGCUAUGAUGUCCGACACUUACCAGAGGAUCCAAGCCAAGAGCGACACGGAGUGGAAGUUCGGGUUAGCCAAGUUGAUCAGAAACAUGAGCAGGACUUCGGGGACACCCUCGCCACUCAACCUACUCGUCAAACUCAUCGUCUACAUUGUGGCUGUCUUCAAGUUUAAAUGUUACCUGUGCUCAGACAAGGCCAUGGAGUACAUGAGGACGGAGGGGAGACCUGAAGACCCGCAUCAAGCAGACCUGAAGACCGAGUUUGGAGGCGGAUGGAUCAAGAAACUCAGGUCGCGCAGUAAGGCCAGCAUCAUGCCACAGAGCACAGAGAACCUGGUACCUCUAAGCAACAUGGAAGGACCUCAGGGAGUACGCAGAAUCGAGAACGUAAUCAAGUGGAGUCGCGUGGUAACUAGGUACCGCAUCAUGCACCGCAAGGAGGUUCAGCCGGGGGAGGAAGGCAGCCAAGAGCUGCCCACAGACUCCGUUGAGGACUUACACGACGAGGUGCUGCUGAACGGAGGAGUCGAGAACUCAGAUCAGUCGACAGCGGCGUGAGCAUCUAGCCGUGUGAGAGAUCACUCACUAAUUGACGUCGCUUUUAACUGUUCGGAGGGGAAUACAACUCACUCGUGUGAGUGUGUGAGCCUCUAAUUUUGUGAAAGAUCGCCCACUUGUUUCACAGCUUGUGGGGCCUAGAGAACUGACGCCUGUGGGAGUGUGAAUGUCUUACCUCUCACUUGUGUCGCUUGAAGGCUCCUGGGCGUACACAGCUCAUGCAUAUGGGAGUGAAUCAUUGUGUGUGAGAUCGCUCACCUGUAUCACUUACAGGCUCUGGAGCUCACACAAUCAGGAUGUGCCGAUACAUACAAGACUGGGAAACACCCACAAAGCAAUGCAUACGAGUAAUUUCCUCAUCACAUCUCUACCGAGAGGAAAUCCUGUCUUUGCUCCAGCAUCUGUCGAAGAAGACUGCACAGUCAGGCGUAAAACACUUUCAUAAUACUGCGAAAAAAACAGCAGAUUAAAAAAAUGUAUCAGCAAUUUUCUCCUGAUAACUGAGAAUGAAGAUACGUAUGUUUCAUGACAUUUUUUUUUCAAGGGGAGAACCGGUAAGCUAGAGGAAGGUGAUUCACGGAGCGGUUCAUUUAGGAGACAUUUUUUUGUUUCUCCGGACAAGAUGCCACCAAGCCUUUCCAAUGUGGAAAUUUUUGCGUGGCUACAUGAUGGUACAUAAACGCCGCACUGAGAAAUAGCUGUAUUGCAAUGCUGUAACACAUACUCUGAGGUCUGUAUCACAGAGUGAACGAAAGGACACAGUUGCAUACACUGAAGACUUCCUAACUGGAUACGUGUAGGUCCUGGAACCUCGGUCUCUGCAAAUGACGGUCAUUCCAAUGUUGGUAUCAAUAUACCUUCUUCGUAAAUAACAGAUUCAGGACUGUAAAUCACACUCCUUGAUCAGGUAUUGCACCUCGUACUGGUACAACACUCCCCGCUGAAUGGAUCACAGAGCUGAGAGGCUAAAACUGAUCGUGUCUUCGUUGCCAAUAAACGCAGAUCUCUUUCCAGCGAGUUUAAAACAUUCUUGAAAUCGUCGUUUAAGCGACGUACCACGUCCCUAAGAAAAACGUGGAGACGAAAAAGAUAUCUUAUCAGCAAAGCACAAAAAAAAAUAAUUCACCAAAAUCACUCAUAACACGUCACAACUAUCUCAUCCAUCAUCAGUGUUAUCCUUGAUUUUAUGCCAGCAUAAAUAAAAGAAAUAACUCCAGUUUUCUGUUAACAAAUCUUGUUUUGACUU